AUGGAUGAUAGCGGACCUCUUUACAAUGUGCGCAUGAAGCGCGGCCAAGGGUACAAUUCCUACAUUCAAGAAGUUCGAAUUGACAAUGCCGUCACAAUCACCAAAUUUCCGGAAAACCCAGCACGUACAAGCGCCUCAAUCAGCGAAGCCGACACGCUUACGCCAGAGCACACGAGGAGCGAUUCGAUUUCAAGAGCAGCGCCAGCACCAGCACCAGCGGCAGCGCCAAAGCAGGGCGUGGAUAUGAACGAUAUCCUAGCGACACUGACCGAAAGCCUGAAGAAAACCAGUGUCGAAACUCCACAGCAACCGAAACUGCCAUAUUUGCUCAAAUUGGAUCCCAAUGCUCGCCACAACCAGACAGUGACCUUCUCUUCAAAGCAAGUCAAGAGCAUUGUUGAAAUGAACAAUGCCAUGGGAUUCAAUGCUUCAGCUGCAAUUAAAGCCACCAGCCUAGGUCCUGGUGCAGAGGCUCGAAGCAGUCUUGCCACUCGAGAUGAUCUUAACACCAACGAUGUCAAUUUCCUCGUCCAUGUCAAGGUUGUCAAUGAGGCUGAUGAUCGCAAGGAAGAAUGGUCGUUCAACGAAGUUCCAGGUCUGAAUGAAGCCCUUGGAGACGACAAGGCGCCAGGCGCGAUGAAGGACCCGCAUUCCAGGAGUGUCGAAUUCACUCGGAUUUAUGGCGACUGUUUCAUAUCCGAUUUUGUAGAAGGAGGUGAAAUUUAUGCCUGGGUUGGCAUCAAGUCGCAAGACCGCAAGAACUCUAGACAAUUGGCUGUACACGCUUCAGCGCAGUUGACGCCUAUGGGUCUACCAGUGCAAGCCUCAGGUGAGAUGGAUGCCUCCCAGGAACGAAAUCGACUCUUUUCUCAAGCAACCACUUCCAUCCGGAUUCAGUGGCGAGGUGGUGGCCAGAUCAAGAAUCAUGACUUCCCAUGGGGCAUGGACAGCUUGAUCCUGAUAGCCAACGCCUUCCCUUCGAUGGUGGCAGUGAAGCCUGCUAAGAUUCGAGCCGUCCUUACUCCGUACACGGCUCUGAAAAGUUUCCACGACCACCGGCUGGCGAAUCCGCGAAUACCUCUACCGUUGACCUACGAUCAUUGUGCCAUUUAUACCAGUACGCUAUAUGAAGACUUCAUGGCGUUCCAAGACUUGUGCGAGAAGCUGAACGCCAUGAUUAAGGACCCACAGGACUACCGGAAUCGUGACGAUGAAAAAUCUAAGAUGAGCAGUCAGAAGGCUGCUCUCCAGAGUGGAGAUGUUGUUGUUCCUACAAGACGGAAUACCAUCGACUUUGGGACUUCGGAGAUGGACGAUCCAACUUCAGAGGCCUGGACAGACAAGAAGACUCGGGCGCUCUUGAACCUCGACAUCAUCCUCCGAGAUCCAACUCCCAAGCUCACCAAUAUGGACCCAGAUCCGCAGAAAUUAAGCAUGAUGAGACUCCUUUGUCGCUCUUCAAUGAUCUACAUCCAGGAACAGGCAGCCGCACUAGUCGUCGACCCAGCGAGAUCAAUUACCAAGCAUGACGACCAAGGUCGGCAUGUGUACAGUCUUCCGAAGUAUAUCUGUCCGGGUGUCAUUCAAAGCAUAUUACCAAUCCCCAAGUUCGAUAACAGCGGGAGUGAGUGGCGAGAUAAAGAGAUCGCCGAUUUGCAAGGCGUGGAGCAUAUUACCAACGACCCGGUGAACUACUGGUGGGAUGUGAUGGGAGAGCCAUUGUCUCCAUACAAGAGUUACGAACACUUUGCGAUUGGCAAUUUUGAUCUCGACGACGAAGAGUACCCCCAGCGAGUUGCUGUGCAGCCUUUUGCAGCCGGAUGGUAUCACAGCCGCCGUAUCAAGGACGGUCACAACGCCAUUAGCGGUAUCGGACUGGGAUAUGCAAACAAAAAAUCACCUUCGCAUCACAAUGCCAAAUCAGUUGAGGCGGAAGAGUCCAGAGAAGUCAAGAAAUCCAGCGCCAAAGAACGAUCCACCAUGUUCGCUAAUAUGUACGUCGGGUCCAAGCCUACAGCAGACCGCUGGAAACAGAUUGAAGACCGCAACCUCAGUGCCUCCUCCAUCAAUCGCGUUCACGUCUACUACCGCCCGGGCGCUGGCCGUAUUGCAGGACUUGAGUUCUUAUCCGAUCCGAAUCCUGCAGAUUUUAACGACGACUCGAAAAGAGUGACGCCAGUGUUCAUUCACAAAGCCUGGGAUCCAGACGCGACCGCUGAGGGCAGCAUGACGGCCAAAUUGCCGGAUAAGAUGGAAAAGCAGGCCUUGUUCCCGGGAGACAAUGUCUUGGACGAAAAUAUGGACAAGAAUUGGAUGUUUGCUGGGUUGAUGGGCGCUUUUGAGAAAGUUGGACCUCCGGGAAUGGGAAGGUUAAAGAACGGCAGGGUCUUGGUGAAGGUUGCAGUCGUGUGGAAGAAGAGGCCAGGAGCUUCAUGAAGCCACUUGCGAGAUACCGGGCAUUAAGCGCCCUUCAGAAAGAGACGAACUGAAUGAGGUUGUGGAUUGCUUGCCAGCGUUUGAGCGAACUCUUUUGCAUUUCUGCGGUUGCAGUCGUUGCCUAUGAGCAUUAUCCACGUUAGCGGAGCCAGUACCUAAUGAUGCACGAUAUUAUGG